AUGAACGGAACUGCACCACUCGCACUUGCGGUAAAGAAAAGCAACAUCGAUAUAGCUGUAAUGCUUACCAGGGCCGGCGCUUCUUUGAAUGCUAUGGACAAUAUUGGCGCCGCUCCCCUUCACGAGGCCGCGCGGCAUGGCCAAGAGAAAAUGGUCAAAUUGCUCGUCGAACAAAACCGAAUAGAUAUCAAUAUCAUGCACACACGCUGGAGCCAGCGGACACCACUGAUGAUCGCUUCCUCGUAUGGAUAUACAGGAAUCAUCAGGAUCUUGCUGAAUGCUCCUCAGCUUAACGUUAACCAAGAAUGUUCCGAUCCGCAAGGGGCCACUGCUCUGAUACUCGUAGCCCUUUCAUCUGAAGCAGACGCAGUCCAGCUUCUGCUCACUCAUCCCGCCGUCAAUGUCAACCAUCAAGACCAUAGCGGCACUACUGCACUCAUUUAUGCCGCACACCGUGGAGAUCGCAAGGUUGCUGAGGCGUUGCUAGAUAAAGGAGCAGACGCCGGGAUUUGUCAAGAUGGUUCGGGAGGGACAGCGCUCAAUCGUGCAAUUGAUCAAAAUGCAAUCCCUCUCGUAGAGUUAUUGCUCGAACAAGGAGCAAAUGUCCAUCACAAGGACGCUUUCGGUCGCUCACCGCUGCAUAGCGCUGCUUGCAACGGUCGUACUGAGAUCAUGCGCAUUCUUCUCGAGUUCGACAAGUCCCUGGACGUCAAUAUGCAAGACAAAAACGGCAAAACAACUCUCCAUGAUGCUGCCCUUUGUGGGAAAGUGGAUACUGCGCGAUUUCUCUUAGAACAUGGAGCUGAUCCCACUAUAGAAGACAAUCAUGACCGGACACCCAUGAGAAUUGCGCGGGAGAUGAACGAGAUUGCCAUUAUGGAGCUCUUGCGGGCCACAAAAGAAGAAAGGGUUUGCAAACAGCCAGGAAAAUUUGAGCCUUCGCCUCUUCCACGCACUAAUACAACCCUCUCUAUUGACACCCCACUCUCCCUCUGGGCGUUGGCUAAGUCAAAUCUCAUUGAAGAGGUUCGAGCUCGUCUGUCAAAUGACCCCUCCGCUGAAAUAAACCUCAGAGACCCGAACUUGGGCCAGACAGCCCUCCACCACGCCACUGCCAAUGACAAUGUCGAGAUGGUGAAGAUGCUGGUAUUCCAUGGCGCAGACCUGAACAUAGGCAAUACGUGGGAGCGCAGGCCAUUGCAUCUGACCGCGCUUCACAACUCCGCCGGCUCGGCUGAGAUCCUUCUCAAAGCUGGGGCAGAGAUCGACGCAAAGGAUCAUUGGGGUCACACACCCUUGAUGAUCUCCAGUAUCAACCGCCUGUCGAUAGCUACACUCCUCGUCUCAAAUGGAGCUGAUAUAUCAGACAGCCGACUUAACUUGAAUAAACUACUUGGGCUCGCAGCCGAGAAUGGGAACCGGGUUGCAGUUCAGCGAUUGGUGGAAGCUGGUGCUGAGCUGUGGAGAAAGAACUCAUUGGGGUACUCACCAUUUAUGGUGGCCAAGAUGUACAACCACGAUGAGAUUGCAGAUCUCAUUCUCGAGCUAGGCCAGCCCUCAGGUUUCCCCACGGCUGCUGGGUUACCCAUCACAGACAAUGAGCACAAUGGGGGAAAUCACUCAACUGGAGAGCCUCUAUUUGUACCAGAGGAUGUAUCGGAUAUUGUCCAAAACAGAAAUUCUCCCUGUUUGAACCAGAUUGAUCAUCAAGAGUCCGAGAGCAUUGAUUCGGGUCAAAAGAGAAUAUUUGAGCCAAGUUCGACGAAGGCAUCGAAGGAGCCCGAAAAUUUCGAUAAUGCAUCGAGAAAUAACCAGCACUGGAUUAGACUUUUCUGGGAACAGACCCCUUGGAUUAUUCUGACCACGCUAUUUUUCUUGAUCGCUGCCACUGCAGUGAUUUGGCCCCAAGUUCAGAAGAUUUCUAAUGAUUAG